AUGGUAAGCGCCAUGGCCGCACGUAUCCGGCCGUACGCCACGCUGUGCCGAGCAGCCGGCGUAUUCUUCAUCAGAAAUAUUCACUGCGCAAACCCGAGAGACGCCGUGGUGAGCUGGAAGUCCUGGUACACACUCUACUCAGUCGGCUGUCUCCUGACUUUUACGCUGGGCCAGCUCUAUUUCGUUGCCAACAACACGAUCCGCGUGUUUGCCAGUGUCCGCUCCUUCACCAAGUCUCUCGUCCUGGUCCUUCCCACGGUCGUAGCCUUCAAGGUGACGGUGAACAUCGCAAGCUCCGUGUUCGGAUCUUGGACUAUGUUGGAGUUCUUCAAGAUGUCGGCGGAACACGAGUUGAAGUCAGCGUUCGAUUGGAAGAAGUACCGAUACGGGUGUCGUCUUAGCUAUGCCUUGAGAUUCUUCGUUGGAAUUUCAUUCUUCGCUCACCUGAUAGCCAACGCCAACAUUACCAUCAAGCUGCUCCACAUCGAGGGCAACUCCUUCCUCGAGUUCGUGCUGAAGGCCGUCAUGUUCCUGUUCAACUUUCUCUUCUUCACGUACGACAUGUUGCACUUCAUCAUCCUGAGACCCUGUUGUGAGGUUCUCAUCAGCUACAUACGCCAGGAGCAAGACUCCCUCAAUUACAUCCUUGCGAUGUCCGAGACACCCUUCACCAAGAUCGCGGCCGUCGAUAAGGAGUUAGACCGAGUGAGACUUAACAUGUCCUCGAUCGUGAGUCUGAGGAAGGUGUUAAACUCGGUCUGGCAGUUCUCAAUCAUGGCCUCUGCCGCAGGUCUUUUGAUUGUGUCGUGCAUAAACAUCUACAGCCUUUUCGACGAAGGUGUCCCUAAAGACCAGCUUCUGUUGAUCAUGUCUUACUGUGGUUACGCCACGGUAGACUUUGUGGAUGUUGCGCGACUGAGUCAGACAAUGGGAAAUGAGGUAUUAAAGCUGCGGGAAAGCCUUAUGAAGGUUGCAGUGUUCCACGACUCACCUACGCAUUUCCGUCGGGUUGCAUACCUCCAUGGCACCCUUGAGCCAGACGAGAUGUUCUUGAGUGGCGGAAAUUUUUUCACCCUGAACUUGCCCCUCCUUGUGUCGAUAAACGAGUUUGUCCGUGCUGAGGUCGCUCGUCAGCUUUGGCUGCUAUCAACAGCCGGCCAACCACCAUCGCCUUUGCCAGCAAACAUACGCCAGGUGAUACAGGAGCAAGUUUGCGCUGCUCUGCCUUCUGCCCGCGACACUCCACCGGCGCCGACCCCUGUUCCCUGUGCCGACGUAAAUUCUCCCCUGAGCUACGCCCAAGUUGCCGCACGGUCGCCGCCUCAGUCCUUCCCGCCAUUACCAUCUGCCGUGCCACUGCGACCAACACCCCGCCUCAAUCACGCCAUGUACCUGCAGGGUAGCGGACAAUGGCGCACUUUCGACAACCGGCCAAUGUGCUUUGCCUGUGGGCUACCUGGCCACGUCGCUCGAUAUUGCCGUCGUCGAGUACGUCCCUACCACCAGACCUUCGAACCUGACCCGUAUGUGUCACCGCGGCCAUCGUUCUCGGCGUCUCGGAACCCCGGCCAGAUGUCUUCAUAUACCGACCAUCAUCCUCCUGCCAACCGCCGCUCGCCAUCGCCUCGACGCCGCUCGCUAUCGCCAAUGCGCCGUCGUCCCUCUACGCCGGAGCGGGAAAACUAA